AUGCCGGCCGACCGGAGAACGUCCGAGGGUCCCACCUCCUACACCCCCUACCCUCCCCCUUCCCCUUCGUCUCCACCUACCUUCCAGACCCCUGCCAUCCCCCAGCGCCCGCCAGCGUCCAGCCGUGGCUCCAAAGGCUCCAACAAGCGGAAAGCUGCAUCCCCUCCGCGGUCUCUCGCCGACUAUGCCGACCGAGAAGCCAGCCCCUCGGCUGCUGCUGCGACAGCCUCGGUCGACCAGGGGUCGUACAAGGUAGCAAGAGCCAUCUCAUCCUGUACGCGGUGUCGGACGAGAAAGCAGAAGUGCGAUGGGCUGCUACCGAGGUGCUCGGCGUGCGAGAGGGCCAAGGUGGAAUGUAUUGGGUUUGACGCGAUAUCAAAGACCAACAUUUCUAGAAACCAUCUCCACACACUCGAACAAGAAGUAAUCCAGCUCCGUGCUCAAGUCGCGGCGCUUCGGUCCGGCCACCCCGACCCCGGUGCGUCCCAGCGACGCGAAUCACUCAGCCUCGCGAUAGACCCGGCUCUAUCAUCCGACAUUGACCCUGCCCUUCGAUCCUCCUUCUCCCCCUCGUCGAGCGUACAUCAAAGGCGUCACUCGGAGUUCUCACAUGGCGGAGACCGCUCGCCCAGCCUCAGCAGCGCCAUGAACCCCAAGAAUCACAGCUUGACGCGGAUGGUACAUGACGCUGCCCUUCGCACUGGGCAUGCCAUCAACCAAACCAAUGCCAACGCAGCCUUCAACGUGUCGGGACCGUUCGGAUCCCACUCGGACAAGGGGUCGGUGCACUCGGGCCAUGAAGGCGAGUAUGGUCACGGGAGUCCGGACCGCUUCCACGCUCCUCAGCGGUCGGGGAGUACCGGCUCGCGUUUAAGUAAUAUGGCGCCGCAGAGACCGGCUUCGGCGCAAGCUCCAGGCAGCGGAAAGGGCAAGGUCAGGCAGUUUGCUAUACCGCCUCUGCCGCCGCAACCGGCGGUGGAGCGGCUCGUGGCGGCGUAUGUCGACUUUGUGGGGGUGACUGCACCGAUCGUCCAUAUUCCUACCUUGGGAAGGCAGUUGACCAAGAUUCGAGAGGGGAACGACGUGGAGGAGAGCGAUGUGUUUGUCGUGAUGAUGGUGCUGGCUCUGAGUACAAUGGCUUCUGCUCGAUUUGUCGAUCCGCCAGACGAGCUCCGGGCCUGCUCUGAAGCCUUCCACGCUGAGGCGAUGAAGCAUCUUGAUGCGGUCUUCGACGAGGGAUCUUACGUCGGCCUCCAAGCGAUCCUCCUGCUCAUCUGGUACUCCCUUCUCAACCCCGAAAAAGGCUCAAUAUGGUACCUGGUCGGUCUCGCCACCCGAACCUGCGUCGACAUGGGCUACCACAACGAGCACAAUGCGCAGAUCGAGCAACUCGACGCGCUCGAGAUUGAUAUGCGCCGAAGGCUGUUCUGGGUCGCGUACAAGAUGGAUCGGCUCUUGAGUCAGUCUUUGGGUCGGCCGCCUAGUAUCCCCGAUGGGUUUAUCAAUGUCCCUCUCCCAUCUGCUCUGCACGACGUUGAUAUCCACUCGAACCACUUUGGACCCCCAACAGGCGAUGCCUGCGCCUACAAAGCCAACUUCAUCCACACCAUCAAGAUCCGGCAGCUCCAGUCUGAAAUCCUCACCAAUACGUACGGUACCCACGGGAUCGACCAGGUACCUACGCAGGAAUGGUUUGAUGAUUGCUACGACAGGCUCAAGGCUUGGCUGGCGGCGGCGCCGGAUCCGAGGGGGACAAUGAGCGCUGAGGGGUAUGCGAUUAGCUUCCACAACUCCACUCUCCUUUUGUACCGGCCAAGUUCGGGAAACCCUCGUCCGGAUCGGAAGGCGCUCUCGGCGGUACUGGCGAGUUCUAGCUAUAUCAUCCGGAUCUAUCGCAGGAUGCAGCUCAACAACCGGAUCUCGUGGUUGUGGAUGACGAGUCACUUCUCAUUCAUGGCUGGGUUGUCCUUUUUGUACGCCUUUUUGAACCUGCACACUAUGGGUGGGGGAGAAGGGGUUCCGACUCUGGAGGAGGCGAUGUUGGAUGUGGAGUCGUGCUUGUCCACGCUGGAGUAUCUCUCUCCUCGAGUACCCUCCGCUGGAGCAUGCCACGACACUAUGCGCACCCUCUCCCAGGCGAUCCUCGAACAGCUCGCCGCUCCGUCCGCUUCCCGCUCGGCCACCGUUUCUGCCGCUGCGACCUUGCGCAAUCUCUCUCGAGCAGCACCGGUAUCGUCAUCCCGUGACGACCCCCUUCCCAACUCCGACUACCUCGCCCCCCUUCCUUCCGUCACGCUCCCAUAUGAGCUAUCCCUUCUCGACAACCUUUUCGUCAACCCCAUGGCGACCCAUCAGAAGGCUUCGGACUACACAAACGGCGCCAAGACACGCGCGGUGUCCGCCGAAGUCCGCAGCUCUAUGGCUACGCUGUACAAUCAGCACGCCAACCCAGGCGUCAAUACUGCCAAUCUCAUCAACAGCGGUCCUUCAUCCGGCUUUGGGAAUGGCAUCCGGCCAUACUCGCUCGCUGCGCAGGUCAGGGCGGGGUAUACCGACUGCCCGACCAUCGAGCAGAGUCUCGCAGGUGUCGAGGGCACGAGGCAGGGCCAGCUGAGCAGCAGUGUUGACUAUGGCCUGAACGGCAAUGGCAAUAACACUGGGAGUGGAGAGAUGGACACAUUGGGCGAUCUGGGGAUCCUGCUCGGCGCGAUGGAUGGGCAAGAGGCGUCAGAGGCGGCGGCACAGGCGCUUCAGGCGCAGGCGCAGCAUGGGGUCCAGGUGGAUAGUGCGCAAAACUUUGAUUUCUUUAGUUUCUUGGAUGAGGGGUUCGGGCAGGAUGCGGGGCUGGAUGGGAUGGCGUUGUGGAGUUAG